AUGUAUUCAUCGGACUCGGACUCCCCAGCUGUCUGUGACGAGGAUGAAGAGGGAAAACUUUAUCAAUUGGUUUUUGAAUUGGGCACCAGUAAUAACAAGGAUGAGGGAAAGGAGGAGGUUCAAAUCCCAUCCAGCUCUGAGAACUCACCUGAGUAUCAGGAAACUGAUGAUGAAAGGAUGUAUGCAGUUGACAGCUCUAAUCCUGUCGAAUGUUCAACGGUUGAUAAUACAUAUGGACAUGACACUGAUGCAUUGGACAAUAACCAAGCAGUCCCAGUACGGAAGGAAAAGCCAUGGAGGAAACCUGGUGCUGACAUCACAGAUUACUUUAACUAUGGUUUUGAUGAAAAAAGCUGGAACACCUACUGCAAGAAACACGCCAAAGCCCGAGCAGCAAGGAAAAAAAUAUACACUAAAAUCAAGGUGUUAACUGAGAUGUCAUUCGAGGAGGAUUUAUCCACUUCUCAUCAUCUGCCCUCUUCAUCCAACUUCAGUUCUCCCUUUGCAUAUAUCGCUCCACCACCUUUCCUUUACCGACCAGGAACCCCUGCUUCUUCCUCCGCUUUUGCUUCUUCGAACAGUCAACACUCUAAAGGCUUUGAUGAACCCUCAACUUCACAGCGCAGGUCAUCAUCAGGUGCAUCAUCCUUAAUCCCAAGAGGUAUGGCCUCCAACGCUGGAGUGAUUAACACCGCCAAGGCUUGGGAAUGCUACAUAUGGCAGGAAAAGUGUGACACGGCCAGAGACGGAUCCAGAGACAGAGAGCACAGCCUUGAUGAAGACAGUCAUAGAAGCAGAGACAGAGACAGGGAGAGGCGUUCUUCUACACACAGCGGGGAGGAGCAAACAAGGCACAGGGACACAACGGAGCGAGGGCACAAACACCACAGUUUGGCCAGAUCCAGUGGAGAGAAAAAAGACAAACGGCACAGAGAGAGGAGGCACGGAGACAACAACGAAGGAGGGUAAAAAUCAUCACGCAGCAGAAAGGAAAGGAAGAAUGGUGGUGAGGAAGGAGAGAGUCAGAGUAGAAAGAAAAGGAAAAGGGCCAGGAAAAAGAGGAAGGAAAAGGAGACCAACAAGAUGUCCUCUGCUGACCAUGAGAGGAAAUUAAAGUCUGACUGA